AGGAGUUGCACGGUAGAGGGUGUGUGUGUACAGCAGAGGGUGGCGGCGGUGGUUAUGUGAGGGUGUGUGUGUAUGUGUGUCUGAAGACGUCCCCACGAUCUCAACAUGAAUAUUCUAGGUGCGGUGGGAGGCGAUGAUGACGGAGACGACAAGGAGAAGGAGGAGGAGGCCGAGAGGGAGAGGCAGGAGGCCAUCAGGGAAGCCGAGGAGAGACGGAAAGAGAAGCACCGGAAGAUGGAGGAGGAGAGAGAGAAGAUGAGGCAGGAUAUAAGGGACAAGUACAACAUCAAGAAGAGGGAGGAGUUGCAGGAGCAGAUGCCUCAGGAGGAGCCGAAUCCUCUGAUGCGGAAGAAGAAGACUCCGGAAGAGCUGGCGCGCGAGGCCGAAGCUGAGGAAGAGGACGAGUUCACGAGUAAGACAGAACUGAAAAACUCUAUAGAGACACAAGUGAGCGAGCUGAAGUCUACGAUUGAGAGUAAAUGUGUUCUCCAGUGAGAUGUUAGUGAAGGAUCGAUAUGUAUCGACGUUCUGUAUGCCGGCAAAUAAUUGGUCAGAACGAGAGACACAGCUAAGCAAACGCCCGUUCACGAUCAUUUUGUAAAAUGAAUUCAUUUGAUUUAACAAGAGACUGCGAUAUAUAUAGUAGCGACCAAUUACAAUAAUAAAUAAUAUUAAAAUAUGGAGAGUAAAUAAUUUACUAAUUUAUAAUAAGUAACCAUGCUUGCCAUGCUGUUAGUUUUUGUAGCAUUGUCAGAGUAUAUAUAAUGUGAAUGAUGCAGUUUUUAUUGUGGGUUGUAGAAAUGAUACCAAUAAAAUGUAAAAUUGUAAGUUAGAGCUGAAGACGAGGAUGAAGGAGAAAAAUAUUCACUUCUUUGUACAGAAUUGUAAAUUUUAAUGACUCAAGACAUUUGUAUCGUAUUACUUCAGGUCACAAAAGAUGAUGAUACAAUAUUAGUAUUAAUAAGAGCUCAAAUAUGUUUAAGAGGUUUGUUGUUGAGAAACCGACAUGUUGAAAUUUUUAGUUUCAUUUGUAAAGUUUUAUAAAGCUACAAGAAUGUGAUAAGAAGACGACACCUACACCUCGACACUUUCAGAAAACGUAAGUCAUUCUCUGUGUGAAAGAGAGAAAGAAUGCGAGUUUAUGUAUCACAUUUUUGUACCUUCCGUUUUAAGAAUUUGCAUGCAAGUUUUAUACAAUAAAGUUUUGAACAAACAUGUGACAGUAACGAAGGAGAAUGUUUUAAAAUUAAUGUAAUCGUGUUCUUAAAAUAUUUCUAUUCUGCUAGACUGUGACUGGUGGCUCCUUUUCUUGGUUGGGUGAACCAUUUUGUAAAUAAAAUUCCCUGCUGGUCAUUUUAAGUUAAUUGAUUUAUGCAUAAUUAGAAUUAAGUUGUGUAUGUAACACUUUGUAGCUCUUAGUGUGAAUUCCCACAAAGUACCACCACAUUUUAGAGAGAAAGAAGAUGAACUCUAACCAGCCAUGGCCGGUUGCAAUCAUCCAAAUUCCUUUUCGUGUAAAUAUCUGUACUUUUCCCCUCUCUGCGUGUAUCUCCAGUGUUUGAUUGGCAGUUUAAGAAAUAAGACGACUUCAGAGCGCGUGUUCAUUUUGUAAUACAUUCUUUCCGGAUUGUCUGGUUCCUUUGUGGAGAUUGUUUCCUAGAGAAUAAAUUCUAAUUUUAUGGCAUGAUCUGAACAUUGCAUGUGUUGAAUCUGAAUUCUUUAUCAAAACAUUGUCAUUGUUACUCCAAAAUUCCGCC